CACUGUGAACUCCUGUGAUAAUCAGCCUACAGUAGCUUUAUUUUCUACAUCCUCGCACCUAAGGAAGAAAGAAAAUGGCUUGUGCUGAGUAUUCUUCCCAUGUGCCAAGUCUAGAGGAGCUUGUUGGAGUUCUGCAGAAGGGGCUGAAGGAGAACUUUGCUGAUGUCCAGGUCUCUAUAGCUGAUUGCCCUGAUUUGACUAAGGAGCCAUUUACCUUUCCUGUAAAAGGCAUCUGUGGGAAAACUAGAAUUACAGACGUAGGAGGUGUGCCUUAUUUACUGCCUCUAGUAAAUAAAAAAAAAAAAAAAAAGGUUUAUGAUCUAAAUAAGAUCGCAAAAGAAGUCCAGUCUCCUGGGGCUUUUAUUCUUGGUGCGGGAGCAGGCCCAUUUCAGACUCUUGGAUUCAAUUCUGAGUUUAUGCCAGUUAUUCAAACAGAAAGUGAACACAAACCUCUUGUGAAUGGAAGUCCCUUUGCUCAUGUUAACCCUGCAGAUGGAGGGUGCCUACUGGAGAAACAUAGUGAGAAAUAUCAUGACUUUGGGUUUGCACUACUGGCUAAUCUAUUUGCCAGUGAGGGCCAAUCUGGAAAGGUCGUUGAGGUGCAGGACAAAAGAAGAACUGGAAAGCUUAACUUUGGGACUUGUAUGAGACAGACUCUUGAAAAACAUUAUGGAGGUAAGCCCGUAGGGAUGGGAGGUACUUUUGUAAUUCAGAAGGGAAAAGUGAAGACUCACAUUAUGCCUGCAGAAUUUUCUUCCUGCUCAUUGAACUCUGAUGAAGAGGUGAAUAAAUGGUUGCAUUUUCAUGAGAUGAAGGCUCCUUUGGUUUGUCUGCCAGUUUCUGUCUCCAGAGACCCAGGGUUUGAUUUGCAGUUGAAGCACACUCAUUGUUUCAGUUAUCAUGGAGGAGGUGGACACUACCAUUAUGACACUACCCCAGAUACAGUGGAAUACCUUGAAUACUUCUUACCUGCAGAGUUUCUCUAUCACAUUGAACAACCAGAAUAGACCCAUUCAUUUGGGUGAGAUUAAAUUAACUGAUACUCACUUAGAAAAACAAUCAACUAAG